AUGACUAAUAAGGUAUUCCGCAUUAAAAUUUCUGAUGUGAAGAUUGGAUAAUUAAUAUAAAAAGCUAGUUCAUAAAAGCUAUUAGAAAGCUUGGAGUAAUUGAAUAUUGGAAAGCCAUGGGGAUUUAAUUAAGAUCACCAUCCAGACAAUUAAUGGAUGGUGAAUGUUUUAUUCACAUUAAACCCAAACCAUAAACUGUUUAGAGAUUCUGUUCAUGAAUGCUAAUCUAUAUUAACUUAAGAAGCUUGA